UGCUUCUGGACAGGGAAUGGUGACAAGCCAGCCAGGCCCCAGAGGAGAGGCAGCAGCCCAACCAGGAGACUGGAGAGAACACAGAGCAAUGGCAACCCGAAGAAAAGGCCAGUACACCCUGUGGAAGUCCUCUCUGGACAGCAUGUCCCAAUUAAUGGAUUCUGAUAUGGAUUAUGAAAGGCCAAACGUAGAGACCAUCAAGUGUGUGGUGGUGGGGGACAACGCCGUGGGCAAGACCCGACUCAUCUGCGCCCGGGCCUGCAAUGCCACCCUCACCCAGUACCAGCUGCUCGCCACCCACGUGCCCACAGUUUGGGCCAUCGACCAAUAUCGGGUGUGCCAGGAGGUGCUGGAACGUUCCCGAGACGUCGUAGACGAUGUCAGCGUGUCCCUCCGCCUCUGGGACACCUUUGGAGACCACCACAAAGACCGUCGCUUUGCUUAUGGGAGAUCCGAUGUGGUGGUUCUGUGCUUCUCCAUUGCCAACCCCAACUCCCUCCACCAUGUCAAGACCAUGUGGUACCCAGAAAUCAAGCACUUCUGCCCCCGAGCACCUGUCAUCUUGGUGGGCUGCCAGCUGGACCUGCGCUACGCCGACCUGGAGGCUGUCAAUAGGGCCAGGAGACCCUUGGCUAGGCCCAUUAAGCCCAAUGAGAUCCUGCCUCCAGAGAAGGGUCGGGAGGUGGCCAAGGAGCUGGGCAUCCCCUACUACGAGACCAGCGUGGUGGCCCAGUUCGGCAUCAAGGACGUCUUUGACAACGCCAUCCGGGCAGCACUCAUCUCCCGCCGGCACCUGCAGUUCUGGAAGUCCCACCUCCGCAAUGUGCAGAGGCCUCUGCUGCAGGCGCCCUUCCUGCCCCCCAAGCCACCUCCCCCCAUCAUCGUGGUGCCCGACCCCCCCUCCAGCAGCGAGGAGUGCCCCGCCCACCUCCUGGAGGAUCCGCUGUGUGCGGACGUCAUCCUGGUGCUGCAGGAGCGGGUGCGCAUCUUCGCCCACAAGAUCUACCUCUCCACCUCCUCCUCCAAGUUCUACGACCUGUUCCUCAUGGACCUGAGUGAGGGGGAGCUGGGGGGCCCCUCAGGGCCAGGGGGCCCCCGCCCAGAGGACCACCGGGGUCACCCUGAUCAACACCACCACCAUCACCACCACCACCACCACGGCCGGGACUUCCUGCUCCGGGCAGCCAGCUUUGAUGUGUGUGAGAGCGUGGAGGAGGGUGGGGGCUCUGGUCCUGCUGGGCUCCGGGCCUCAACCAGCGAUGGGAUCUUACGGGGCAAUGGGACAGGGUACUUGCCCGGGAGGGGUCGAGUGCUGUCUUCCUGGAGCCGAGCUUUUGUGAGCAUCCAGGAAGAGAUGGCAGAAGAUCCACUGACUUACAAAUCCCGGCUGAUGGUGGUGGUAAAAAUGGACAACUCCAUCCAGCCGGGGCCCUUCCGGGCCGUUCUCAAGUACCUGUACACAGGGGAGCUGGACGAGAAUGAGCGGGACCUCAUGCACAUCGCCCACAUUGCUGAGCUGCUCGAGGUCUUUGAUCUGCGCAUGAUGGUGGCCAACAUUCUCAACAAUGAGGCCUUCAUGAACCAGGAGAUCACCAAGGCCUUCCACGUCCGCCGGACCAACCGGGUUAAGGAGUGCUUGGCAAAAGGCACCUUCUCAGAUGUGACCUUCAUCCUGGAUGAUGGCACCAUCAGCGCCCACAAGCCCCUGUUGAUUUCCAGCUGUGACUGGAUGGCUGCCAUGUUUGGGGGGCCAUUCGUGGAGAGUUCCACCAGGGAGGUGGUGUUUCCUUACACCAGCAAGAGCUGCAUGAGGGCAGUGCUGGAAUACCUCUACACCGGCAUGUUCACCUCCAGUCCCGACCUGGACGACAUGAAACUCAUCAUCCUGGCCAACCGCCUCUGCCUGCCGCACUUGGUUGCCCUCACAGAGCAGUACACAGUGACCGGACUGAUGGAAGCAACUCAGAUGAUGGUGGACAUUGAUGGGGAUGUCCUUGUGUUCCUGGAGCUGGCUCAGUUCCACUGUGCGUACCAGUUGGCUGACUGGUGUCUCCACCACAUCUGCACCAACUACAACAACGUGUGUCGCAAGUUCCCCCGAGACAUGAAGGCCAUGUCCCCAGAAAACCAGGAGUAUUUUGAGAAGCAUCGGUGGCCGCCCGUCUGGUACCUGAAGGAGGAAGAUCACUACCAACGGGCCCGGAAGGAGCGUGAGAAGGAGGACUAUCUCCACCUGAAACGGCAGCCCAAGCGGCGGUGGCUGUUCUGGAACAGCCCCUCCUCACCGUCCUCUUCAGCGGCCUCCUCGUCGUCCCCAUCUUCCUCCUCGGCUGUGGUCUGAGAUGCUGCCGCCCUCUUCUGACCCUGCUGUUGUCCCCACGUGUCCUCGCCCCUCUGCUCUUCUGCAUCGCCCCCUCCACCUUCCAGGGACAAAGGACUCACAUAACCAGGACCUAUGGGGGAGCUGCUCUCACCAGCCAACAUAGCUCAGCAAAGAGAGGAAGGAGCCAGGACAGGGAUCCCCUGCAUGGGUCCCGAUUCCAAAAGCAGGGCAAGGGACAGCUGCUGGGAGGUGGGGAGCGUGGAAGGAGCCGAGGGCUGUGGCAUCUUGUCUCUGGGUCAGAGAACCCUAGAGUCAAGGGGAAAACUCCACCAGCCGUGAGGCUGUGUAUGGGUCUGUGAAGGCAGCCCCCUCCCACUGAGCGGCAGUGCCCCGGAAGGGUCCUGCCUCUGUUGGCCAAGUGUUUCCAUCAGUGGACUCAGAGGGUUGCAAAUAUUUUGUGGGCAUUUUCCACCUGGAGCCUAUUCAAAUCCUCACUGGAGAAGUCAGGGUAGAAAUUAAGCCUUCAGCCCCCAACCCAAGGCUUCCACGCCUGGGGUGCAGCGGCCAGAGGCCACAUGGGGAAGGCUUGCCCUCUGCCGGCAUCCCUGCCAGGGCUGUGGGCAUCUGGGUCUGGUCAGGGUGGCAGAGGUUGUUCAGAGCUGCAGGCCUGGCAGCAGUGUCUCUUGGUGCAAUGAGAAACUUCUCUCCUCCCCUCCUUCACCACUCAGAUUUGGAGAUGGAAACCAAAGGAAACAGCUAGAAUGGGGGGAGAGAGAAGGAAGGGGGUGAUGGGGGCCUGGGGGCAGCAAUCCCAUGCUCCUUUGGGCUCUUCCCCCGGCCUCUGGUUAGCACAGCUUCUUAUGGGGUAGGGCAAAAUAGGCAAAAAACCCCAAACAACAAUGAACAGAAUCACCGCCAACAAAAA